UUAGGUAAUCCCGUCUUCGUAGUAGGUAAUUGCUGUGGCCCUUUGUUGUUGCGUGUCCACGAUACCGCCAGCGUCACGUCAAGCGUUUUCUGCUCAACAAAGCUUAUUGUUCCUUUGUGUAGGCAACAAACUGGCUAAGGCUUAGCUGUAGAAGAGUUGGGUGACGAUAUUCACAUAAAAAAGUGUGGAGAGAGGGUCGUACAAGAUGCGUCAGCUGGACCUGACACGUUUUGACCUGAUUGACCUUGACACGUCAGAGUGCGACAUCUGUCACCAAGUCACCAGAGAGGAGCUGGUUCACUGCCAGGCCUGUCUGGAAAACUCUCUAAGCACGAUGGAGAAAAUGCCUCAUACAAACUCAAGAGGCCACAAGGAUUGCUUUGACAGGUGGCACGAUAUUUUGCGACGCUCGACGCCCAGCCCACAACGAUCCCCCAUGCCGAAAGCCAUCGCUCCCUGCCUGGAACAACAUUCCACCUAUUCCGAAGUCAAAGACUUUGUGAGCACGACGCUUCGAUGGUUCAGAAACGACGCGCAGAAGCCAACAGACAUCAUGAUGCAGAGCCAACGAAACCGUGUACACCAGAACAUCACCCUGCCAAGAUACUGCAACAAACGCAUGGACACGAGAAACAAGUUCUACGCCCAGCUGCAGGGAGUACCCGUGUACAAAGAAAAUACUCUCCUGAACUUAGUCAAGAAGAAGGAAACACCAAGACCACAGUUUUACAUCGACUCAGAUUCAGAAGAAGAGGAGAGAAGAGAGAUCUACGAAGAGUUGCGUAGAAGCAGUUGCUCGUCAUCCGAAGACGAAGAAGACCUGUGUGUGUAUGAAAAAGUCAUGGUACCGAAGAGAGCUUCGAGAACAGAGAGCAAGUCAUCGGGGCCACUAGAUUUCUGCAUACAGCUGCCAAUAACAAAGGAACAAUUGUUCAACCUGAAUGCUGAGCAGUUGGAAGCCUGUGUCGCCUUCUUGAGAAUGAGAAUAGAUGAUACAUCCGCUGACCUGGUCUCUACCCUACAAGAACGUGAUUGGACGGUCAACCAGAUCUCAGUGAAGCACACGGUCAUCUACCAGCUGCACAAGGCCCAGGACCGCAUGCCUCACCUGCGCCCAGACUCCCCUAACAGUCGCCUCAUCCCAGCUGUCAAUCAAUCAAGCCAACCGACCAAUCACAGCGUGUUUAGAUCUGAGAGACUCAUGAACACCAAGGCAUAGAAUGAGUCAAAAGCUUUUGGAAUGUCAAAUGCCAAAAUUAGCCAUUUGUGAAACUAACACUGUAAAAAAUAUGGUAGGAAGUUAUAUAAAAAUAUGCUUAUGAAACUUGAAAAAUCAAAGGGACCAGUUAAAUUUCAUAUUUGAUGAGUAAAAAUAUUUUCUGUACAUGUUAGGCGUAGAUUUCACGUUCACUUUGACCGUAGUAUUUCAACCAUCAUAAUACGCAAAAUGAGUAAGACUGUAUUUCAGUUAAAUACAUUGCACUUAUGGAAUAUGACUGGGUUAUUUUAUUUCUAUCUAAAUACUGCACAUUAGGAAUUGUAAAUUGAACUUAAUAGCUUAG